AUGGACUUUGUGAGUCCAAUCCUGGAAAUCGUCAACCGCUUAUGGGAUUGCUGUGAUAAGCGUGCUGUUUUCAUCCGUCAACUCCCAGAAAAUCUCAAGUCUUUGAGAGAUGAAAUGGAGGAACUUAAGAAUGUGUAUAGAGAUGUGAAGAAAAGGGUGGAAGAUGAACAGAAACUUCAGAAGGAGAUUAAACAUGUGGUGACUGGCUGGAUCCGCAGCGUAGAAUCCAUGGAAGGAGAAGUGAACGAAAUGUUGACAAAAGGAGAAGAAGAAAUCAAGAAGAAAUGUCUCGGAACCUGUUGCACCUGUUGCACCUGUUGCCCCAGAAACUGUCGCGCCAGCUACGAGCUUGGAAAGAUGGUACCUAAAAAGAUUAAUGCUGUGUCUCAAUUGUGCAGUAAGGCAAAUAAUUUCCAGGAGGUGGCUGUCCCUUUGCCUACACCUCCGGCGAUCGAGCUGCCUUUGGACAACACGGUGGGCUUGGAUUCCUUGUCUGAGGAGGUAUGGAGAUGCCUGCAAGAUGACAAGGUGAGAACUAUUGGAUUAUACGGGAUGGGGGGUGUGGGGAAAACAACCCUCUUGAAAAGAAUCAAUAAUGAAUUCCUCGAAACCAGCUUUGAAUUUGAUAUAGUGAUUUGGGUUGUUGUGUCCAAACCGGCAAGUGUGGAAAAAAUCCAAGAAAUGGUUCUCCGUCAGUGUGACGCUCCUGAUAACAGAUGGAAAGGUAGGAGUGAGGAUGAAAAGGCUAAGGAAAUAUACAAUAUCUUGAAAACAAGGAAAUUUAUACUCUUGUUAGAUGACAUAUGGGAGCAGCUAAAUCUCUUAAAAAUCGGGUUUCCUCUGAAUGAUCAAAAUAUGUCCAAAGUAAUAUUUACAACCCGAUUUUUGAAUGUGUGUGAAGCUAUGGGAGCUGAGAGCAUUAAAGUGGAGUGCUUGAAAUUCAAGGACGCCUUCGCUUUGUUUCAAAGCAAUGUGGGAGAAGCCACCUUCAAUUCUCAUCCAAGGAUACCCAAGCUCGCAAAGAUUGUCGUUGAAGAAUGUAAAGGCCUGCCGCUUGCCCUCAUGAUUGCUGGAGGAGCAAUGAAAGGAAAGAAAACUCCCCAAGAAUGGCAGAAAAACAUAGAACUGUUGCAGAGCUAUCCAUCAAAAGUUCCAGGUAUGGAGAAUGAUUUGUUUCGAGUUUUAGCAUUGAGUUAUGACAACUUGAGCAAAGCCAACGUCAAAUCAUGUUUCCUAUAUUGCUCCAUGUUCCCGGAAGAUUGGGAAAUUUCUUGCAAGCAGCUCAUAGAACUAUGGAUAGGGGAGGGGUUUCUCGAUGAAUGGCAUCACAUACAUGAUGCACGUACUAAUGGAGAGGAAAUUAUUGAACAGCUAAAUGCUUCAUGUCUGUUGGAGAGUGGUCAAUAUGAAAAGCAUGUAAAAAUGCAUGAUGUGAUUCGGGACAUGGCUUUGUGGUUGGCUUGUGAAAAUGGGGAGAAGAAGAACAAAUGCGUGAUAAAAGAGCGUGGAAGAUGGAUUGAAGGUCACGAAAUUGCAGAGUGGAAGGAGACCCAAAGAAUGUCGUUGUGGGAUAAUAGUAUUGAAGAUUCCACUGAACCACCGGAUUUUCGAAAUCUCGAGACUUUGCUUGCAUCAGGUGAGUCGAUGAAGUCAUUUCCAAGCCAAUUCUUCAGACACAUGUCUGCCAUAAGAGUUCUGGACUUGUCAAAUUCUGAAUUGAUGGUGUUACCUGCAGAGAUUGGUAACCUAAAAACUCUGCAUUAUCUUAAUUUGUCAAAAACAGAAAUAGAGAGUCUCCCAAUGAAGCUCAAAAAUUUGACAAAACUAAGGUGCUUGAUAUUGGAUGAUAUGGAAAAACUUGAAGCAAUUCCAUCUCAGUUGAUAUCAAGCCUUUCAUCUUUGCAGUUGUUCAGUCUUUAUGCUUCCAUAGGUUGCAAUGGAGACUGGGGAUUCCUCUUAGAGGAGCUAGCGUGCUUGAAACAUGUGAGUGACAUAUCUAUCCCUCUAAGAAGUGUCCUUCACACCCAAAAGUCAGUCGACUCCCACAAGUUAGGAAGGAGCAUAAGAAGGCUAAGCCUACAAGACUGCACUGGCAUGACCACAAUGGAACUAUCCCCUUACCUACAGAUUCUUCAAAUAUGGAGAUGUUUUGAUUUGGCAGAUGUGAAAAUCAAUCUGGGAAGGGGACAAGAAUUCUCCAAACUUUCCGAAGUGGAGAUAAUUAGGUGUCCAAAAUUGCUGCACUUGACAUGUCUUGCUUUUGCUCCAAACCUUUUGUCUCUCCGUGUGGAAUACUGCGAGUCAAUGCAAGAAGUGAUCACAGAAGAUGAAGAGAUUGGAAUUUCAGAAGUUGAACAAUGUUCAGAUGCAUUCUCAGUACUCACAACUCUCAGUUUAUCUUAUUUAUCAAAUCUAAGGAGUAUAUGUGGAGGAGCUCUGUCAUUUCCUUCCCUAAGAGAGAUCACUGUGAAACACUGUCCAAGGCUAAGGAAGCUGACAUUUGAUUCCAACACCAACUGUUUGCGUAAAAUCGAGGGAGAACAACACUGGUGGGAUGGGUUGGAUUGGGAAGAUCAAACCAUUAAGCAGAAACUCACUCAAUAUUUUGUGCCUAAAUGA